AUGCAGGCAAUACUCCUUAGACACGAGACUAUGUUUCAAAAACAAGACGCAGUGCUACAGCGUACAUCAAGAGAAACAGAAGGCUCAGCUAAAGAGAUACGGAGUCAGAAAUUGCUUCAAGUAAAUUUGCAGGAAAAGACGGGUAGCAAUGAAAAGCUAAACGACGAAAUCGAAACCUUGGUCAGUAAAUUAGACUUAGAAAAGAAGCGAAAGCAUCUACUUUUCCAGCAAGUCCAUGCACCCCAGGGAAUUGUGCGCGUAAUGUGUCGCAUCCGGCCGGAUACUUCAGGCCCAUUGUUAGAAUACACUACGGAGACGGGGUACUUCUAUGACCAUGCUACCAAGUUAGCAAUCCUAGAAGAAGGAUUGCGAUAUGAGUUCGACCGAGUUUACCUCCCUGAGGAGGCAAACGGCAACAUCUUUAACGGAAUAAGCCAUUUAAUACAAUCGGCUUUGGACGGAAAGAAGGUCUGCAUAUUCUGCUAUGGCCAAUCCGGUACUGGCAAGACGUAUACAAUGAGCAACAUAGAUGAAGUCGAACAUCGGGAAGAGGGGGUCUACUACAAGAACGAUGGCAUACUUCCCAGGGCGAGUAUCAUGAUAUUUAAUGAGAAGAAACGCCUUCGUGAUCUUGAUAUUGAAUUGAUUAUCAGCGGAUGCUGCUCUGAAAUAUACGGCAAGAAACUACAACCACUAAAAGCAGGUAGAAAAAGGAUAAGACGGGAAACACGUCGUGUUGAUGAUCUUGAGUUCUAUGAGCUCGACACAGCUGAUGACUUUAGCGCUUUGAUUGACAUCGGGAUGAAGAACAGACAUUUCGGCGCAACCGCCCUGAAUAACAGUUCUUCUCGAUCCCAUUUUAUCAUUAGUCUUAAGCUUGUUAAGGAACUUAAGAAUGAGAGCGGCUUAAAGUACGAAGGUCGACUUAACCUUAUAGAUCUCGCGGGCUUCGAGAGAACGGAGCAAGCACAAACCGCAGGUACUGCGUUCAAGGAAGGCAACGAUAUCAACUUGUCACUAAUGGAGCUAAGAAACGUAUUGACCAGCCUGGCCAAGAAUGAACCGCCGACAUACAGAAAUAAUACCCUCACGACGGCUUUGCAGCCCUUUCUUGGCAAGGACUACACGACGCUCAUGUUAAUCAUGAUAAGCCCUCUGAAGGAGAAUUGGCAAGCGACCAAGCAGACACUUGAAUUUGCAAAAAUAGCCCGAGUCACGAAGAAUCACCACCGGGAAAACAGACAGACGAACGUGCCAGCGAGUGCUGAUGGAAAGCGAGGCAGCAGAAAAUGA